CUUCACUUUCCCUCUUCUUAUUAUACACAACAUAUAUGCCCUUUCUUAUCCUCUCUAAAACAUCCUGUUCAAGCAUUAAAUCAAGUGGUACAAUCAUGUCAUCAUCAAAAGUUUGGAGCAAAGAAGAGGAUAAAGCCUUUGAGAAUGCCAUUGCCACCCACUGGAAUGGGGAUUCCAAACAACAAUGGAAUAAAAUUGCUUCACUUGUACCCACCAAAACCAUUCCAGAGUUGAAACAACACUACCAAUUACUUGUUGAAGAUGUUGAUGACAUUGAAGGUGGACUCAUUCCCAUUCCCAAGUAUCUUGGAGAGGAAUCAUCUUCAUCUUCCACCAAAGACAGCAAUCAGCACGGCUCGAAUUCAAAUCGACGUUCGUCUUGCAAUUACGCUAACGGGAUUUCUGGGUUCGCCCAUGAUUCCACUGGCCAAGGUGGCGGAAAAGGGAAUUCAAAAGCGGAACAAGAACGUCGGAAAGGGAUUCCAUGGACAGAAGAAGAGCAUAGGCUGUUUUUACUAGGAUUGGACAAGUUUGGUAAAGGAGAUUGGAGAAGCAUUUCAAGAAACUAUGUGAUAUCAAGAACACCAACACAAGUUGCAAGCCAUGCCCAAAAAUACUUCAUAAGAUUGAACUCCAUGAAUAGAGACAGAAGGCGAACGAGUAUUCACGACAUUACAAGCGUUAACAAUGGUGACGUCUCUUCGUACCAAAUCCCAAUCACGGGUGGUACAAACCCAUCAAAUGGUUCAACGGUUGGCGCGCCCAUGAAACAUAGGCCCCACCAACCGAGUAUGCCGCCAGGCAUGGGUAUGUAUGGAGCCCCAAUGGGCCAAGUGGUUGCCGCCACCCCUGGCCAUAUGCCGUCGGCAGUUGGCACUCCGGUGAUGAUGCCUCACAGCCACCAUCUGCCGUAUGUUAUGCCGGUGGCGUACCCGAUGGCCCCACCACCAACAAUGCAUCAAUAAUUCAUGGAUUCUCAGUCAUAGUGCUAAAAUUUGACAAUGCAGUCCAAAUGAGCUUUUCUUUCACAGAAAAAUUGGCAUUGUGAAAGGCUCAUCAGGACAAAAAGUAGGACCACAGCAACUUUUUAAUGAUCAGUUUCUGUUGGGUCAAGAAUUUUCAACAGCAGAUGUACAUUUUUUCAGUCUUACAAACUUUCUACAUUGCAAUAAUUUGUACCAGCAAGAAUAAUGCUAAAUGAUUUGUACCACUUGCAAUGAAAAGUUGUACCAUACUCUGAAUUUGUGAA